AUGGGUCUGAUCAAAUCCGCUCUUCUACUUGGAGGCGGCAUCUACGCCGUAAAGAAAAUCACCAAGAGCCAAGAAAAGAAACACGAAAUGCAGAAAAAUAAUAAUAACAACAACCAAGACAUGUACAUGUACGGCGGUGGCCAUCUGGGUCAGAAUCAACAAUACUCUCAACCACAAUCACAGUAUCAGCAGCAACAACAACGGCCCGGUCAAGGAUACAAUUAUAACGGAACUCGCGAUGGCUCGUAUCCCGCGCCGGAUUACAAUAAAUCCCGAGGACAAUCGCCACACCCCGCAUGGGAACAUCCUCCGCAGUCGCAAUAUGGAUAUGCAGGCAAUGGACACGAUGACUUUCCGCCGGCGUAUAUCGCGCAGGAUGAGAAGAAGAGGAUGAAAUAA